AUGGCGAUCCCGCUGCGAUUCCAGCUCCUCGUCCUCCUACUCCUUCUCCUGCUCAUCUCGCUCUUCAUCUCCGCCGCCACCGCCACCAGCGUCCCCCCGUCCCUACCUCCUUCCUCCGCCGCCACGUUCCAUGUCACGGCGACUCAUACUUACCCCACGACGCUCUUCGCCACCAUCCUCUCCACGCUCGGCUACCAGGAGCUCUCCACCGCCGCUGUCUCAGCCAACCUCUCCGCCACCACUCCGAUCACCAUCUUCGCCCCCUCCGACGCCUCUCUCCUCUCCUGCCCCUCCUGCUCCCUCCCCGUCCUCCUCCAGGAGCUCUCAAUCCCAGGCCUCUACCCCCACCACUUCCUGCGGACACUGACCUUCGGCACCAAAAUCGAAACCCUAGCCCCCAACCGCUGCCUCACCAUAACCAACAGCAACAAGGAUGACAAGGUCUUCGUCAAUGGCGUCCAGAUUUCCAGUCCCGACACCUUCAACAACGGCCUCGUUGUUAUCCACGGCCUUCAAGGCUUCGUCUCGCACCUCUCGCCGCUCUCCUGCCUCGUCGAGCGGAUGACGUCGCUGUCGUUUCCUUCGCCGUCGCUCUCCGCCGGGACGUCGGCGGUGACUCCGUCGCUGGUCCUCAUGAGGCUGAUGUUGAAGGACGCUAUUAUCCGCCUACGCGCCACUGGAUACAACGUCGUGUCGCUCGCGCUGCGAGUGAAGUACAUGGAGCUCUCAGAUCUGAAGUCGAUGACGAUCUUCGCGCUUGACGACAUGUCCAUAUUCUCCGGCGGAGGAAAUUCUUACCUGUCCAACUUCAGGUAUCAUGUGGUGCCGAACAAGCGGUUGACGGCGGCGGAGCUCGUGAGCUUACCUCUGGCGACGUCGUUGCCGACCAUGGACGUCGGGAAUACCUUGGUCGUGACCACCGCCGGCGGCGGCGGACCUCUGGCGCCGAUGAGGAUCAACUACGUGAAGAUUGCGACCAUUGAUCUGGUCCAUAACAGCAGGAUUGUGAUCCAUGGAAUCUCGUCGCCAUUCCCGCAUAUGCUCCAUCAUCAGGCGUACGUGGAGAGCACCGCAGAGAUCCAACGGUCCAUGUGCGAUCACUUCGAUUGGAUUAGUGAAAUCCGUGCGGUUGGAGCUGAAGUGCCAGCUGGCUUGAAGACGGUCGAUGUUGAAGACCACCGUGAUGGACUGUGA